UCCUACAAGUGCAAAGGACAACACUCCCUUGCUGCUCUGAGCUCUCAGUCUAGAUCACUAGCUGCACUGCUAACUGGGCUAACCAGCCAUCAGCAGUUUCAGUUUUAACAGCCGGCUACUCUGGUUACAUCCUAUUUGUUUGGCACAUAAUUUAGUCAGGUGAAGUAAAUACUGAUUGCAUGGUGUAACAGCAGUAGAAAAUGACACCAUCUGUGAGUGGUUCCUUAUAAACCUCGCUGUGCUAAUUAGCCUGCCACUGGGUCGGAUUUGUACCAAAAAAAAAACCCAAAAAAACCAAAAAGGAAACAAAUAAAGACAGCAAAUCAACUAAAACAGGAGGAGGCAUUGUUUUCCCUGGUUGCUAUCUCCAGGUAUCUGUGUAACAAGUGGAAUAUCUGUGAAAACUACAACCCCGUUGAUGGUGGCGGCUAAGAAGGUGAGGGGGGCAGUGACUGGAACCCAGGUGCAACAAGAGUGAGACAAAGUCUGUUCAGCCAUUGAUGUAUGCGUCUCCAUAAUACUGGGACUCAAGACAGUUUCCCCUAGAGGAGUCUCUUCCAUGACACUGCUGUUAUGCCUUCGCCUCCACACUGGGUGUCGCUAUUGGAUUGGCUGUCGUCGUGCGAAACUGCAACGCUGACCUUCGCUUCCCCUCCCCCGCUCAGUCUGCCAGGUCUGCACAGGUUUGCACCAUCAUGAGAGCUGAGGCUGAAGCAUGCGUGUGCGCAUAAGGCGUCCUCUCGCUCCACCUCCUCCUCCCCAUCUCCAUCGCUGGCAUCCUGAUCUCUGCAUCCCUCUGCGGAGGACUCGUCGGCGCAGCUGGGGCUGUCACAGCCGAAGCAGCUUCAUCAGCAUCAUUCCCUCAUCCGCCUCUGCAGCAUCCUCUCCAUCCUCGAAAGCAUCCAUCUCUCACAAGCAUCCCAGCACCUCCGAGCUGCACACACCCCCUCUCUCACAGAUAUCUCUCGGGCUAAUUUACUCCCUCUCAUCCCCUUCUGGUCGGUCAGGCUUGCCACUCCACCAUACCCCUUCACCCAUCCUCAUCAUCAUCAUCCUCUCUCCGAGUCAUCGUUCAAGAAAAAGCAGGCAAGCUGUCUCUUCUUCCCGUCAAAGUGUCUUUUAGCUGGGCAGCUGGUCUUCCGCUGUCCCUUUGGAGGAUGAUCCUGUGGAUGAAGACAGAAGAGAUGGCCCUUGGGGAGCUGCUGGAGAGGCUGAGGACUGUCACCCAAAGCAUAGAUGAGAUCAUGCAGCUGGACAGCAGUCCCCUCCGGGCUGCUGACAUCACCCCUGACCUCAAGAGGAAGUUUGCCUUUCUCUCAGGAGGUCGAGGAGACAAUGGCAGCCCCAUCAUUGUGUUCCCUGAGUUCCCUGCGUUUGGAGAGAUCACAGACAGAGAGUUUCACAACGUGCUUACCUACCUGACUAGUGUUCCCAGUUUGUCCUCAACAGACGUGGGUUUCAUCCUGGUCAUCGAUCGCCGGCAAGACCGAUGGGCCGCCGUCAAGGGGACCCUGCUUCGCAUCGCAGGCUCCUUCCCAGGGAACCUCCAGCUGGUUCUGGUUCUGAGGCCGACCACCCUCCUGCAGCGCACGCUCUCUGACAUCCUCUUCAAGUUCAACAAGGAUGAGUUCAAGAUGAAGGUGCCGGUGAUUAUGCUGAGCUCAGUAACGGAGCUGCACACCUACAUCGACCGCAGCCAGCUGACUCAGGAGCUCGGGGGAAUGCAGGAGUACUGCCAUGAGAAGUGGAUCUCUCACCGCACUGCUAUCGAAGGUUUUGCACUGAUGGUAAAGAAAACAGCUCAGACCCUGCAGUCGUUUGGGACCGAGCUGGCCGAGACUGAACUCCCCAAUGAGAUCCAGGCCACAACCCUCCUGCUGAGCACCCACACCGACAAGAAAGACAAAAUGAAGGAGGGUCUGCUGGUGGCUCUGGGUCAGGGCAGCAGGCUGCUGGAGAGCAUCAACGAGCCCGUAGUGAGAGACCCAGACCACAACAUGAACCAGGAUGAGCUGGAGAACCUGGCGACAGUGCAGAGACUGCUGUCUCAGCUGGACGAGACAGAAAGGGCCUUCGAUGAGUUCUGGGUGAGACAUCAGACCAAACUGGAGCAGUGUCUCCAACUGCGCCACUUUGAGCACAACUACAGAGAGGUGAGGGCUCUGCUGGAUCAGGUGUCUGAGAAACUCGCGACCUUCUCUGAGGUGGGAAUCAGCCCGGCCCACGCUGACCACAUCUUCUGUGAACUCACCACCUAUGAGGAGAGAGUCUGUGAGGUGUUGGACAGAGCCUUGGCGUUGGCUCGCGAGGGCGAUGAGCUGAUCCAGAACUCACACUAUGCUGAAGACUCCAUUCAGCCUAAAUGCGGUGAGGUUAGAACAAUCAGUGAGAAUGUGAGCAGCAGCCUGAGGGCCAAGAAGGACCAGCUGCUCAAAGCCAUGGAGCUGCACCACUGUUUGGAGAAGGCGUCGAAAUGGGUCGAUGAUGGUAUAUACCUGCUGGCGUCUCAGCCAGUAGACAAGUGUUUAUCGCAUGAGGGGGCGGAGUUAGCCCUGCAGGAGCUGGAGCGUUACCUGGAUAACGCGGGCCAGAACCAACUGACGGACCUCAAUGACAUCUGGACCGAAUAUGAGGUGGUGCUCAACCAGCAGUUCAGGGACCAGGUGGAGAAGGUGUUCCUGAAGCAGACGUCCAUGCAGGAGAUGUUUGAAAAGAGGCGGGUCAGCCUGAAGAAGCUAGCAGCCAAACAGACCAGGCCGGUGCAACCGGUGGCGCCCAGACCUGAAGCCUUCAUCAAAUCCCCUCUCAGCUCGCCCGCACACAGAGCCCAGCAGGAGAAAAACUGCCCAGAGACCGACUCGGGGAACAACUGUGAGAAAGGAAACGGCCAACUGCAGAACGGAGACAGUGACAGCAGACAUGCCUCUCUGUCGGAGGAGGAGGAGAACCUGGCGGUGCUCAGGAGGCACGUGAUGAACGAGCUGCUGGAAACUGAGAGGGCCUACGUUGAGGAGCUGCUCUGCGUAUUGCAGGGGUAUGCCUCUGAGAUGGAUAAUCCGGCCAUGGUUCACCUCAUCCCUGCUCCUCUGCAGAACAAAAAGGAGGUUCUGUUUGGAAACAUGCCAGAAAUCUACCACUUCCACAAGAGGACUUUUCUGAGGGAGCUGGAGCAGUACACCGACUGCCCGGAGUUGGUUGGAAGGUGUUUUCUAGAGAGGAUGACAGACCUGCAGAUCUAUGAGAAGUACUGUCACAACAAGCCUCGCUCUGAAAGCCUCUGGAGGCAGUGCUCCGACUGCGCCUUCUUCCAGGAGUGUCAGAAGAAGUUGGAACAUAAACUGGGUUUAGAUUCCUAUCUGCUGAAGCCGGUUCAGAGGAUCACCAAAUAUCAGCUGCUCCUGAAGGAAAUGCUGAAGUACAGUAAGACCUGUGAGGGGGCCGACGACCUGCAGGAGGCGCUGACCUCCAUCUUAGGCAUCCUCAAGGCCGUGAAUGACUCCAUGCACCUCAUCGCCAUCACAGGAUACGAGGGUAAUAUGAGUGAGCUGGGGAAGCUGUUGAUGCAGGGCUCGUUCAGCGUGUGGACAGAACACAAGAAGGGCCACGCCAAGGUGAAAGAUCUGGCCCGAUUCAAGCCCAUGCAGAGGCACCUCUUCCUCCACGAGAAGGCCCUGCUCUUCUGCAAGAGGAGGGAGGAGAACGGAGAGGGCUACGAGAAAGCUCCCUCAUACAGCUUCAAACAGUCUCUGAAUAUGAGUGCUGUCGGCAUUACAGAGAAUGCAAAGGGGGACAACAAGAAGUUUGAGAUCUGGUGUAACUCCAGAGAGGAGGUCUACAUUGUUCAGGCACCGUCAGCUGAAGUUAAAACCACCUGGGUGAAUGAGAUCAGGAAGGUUCUGACAACCCAGCUUGAAGCGUGCAGAGUAGCCAGCCAGCAGAGGGCACCAGAUUCUGUUUUCCAGUUCCCUCCAGUCCCCAGCGGAGCAGUUAGUCUCAGUCCCUUCAAGUCUGGUCAGAAGAGCUUUAAGAAGGGAGAGGAGAAGAAAGCUGAGCCCUGCAGCCCUGAUGUCAACUCCUCUUCCUCACCAAAGCCAACAGGAAAAGUUCUUCCUUCCUUCCUCUUGUCUGUCCCGACUUCCUGCUUCCCCUCCGGGUCAGAUGAGGCAGUGACAAGCCCUACCUCAGACAGAGCGGCCGUGGCUAAAAAACGCUUUACCUUACAGGGCUUCAGUAACCUCAAAGCUCAGAAAGAGCCCUCAGCCACCGAUGAUAAAAGUUUUACAUUACCCAUGACCAUCCUCCUGUCACCAGGUUCUCCCACAAGCCCUGAUCACAAGACGAAACGCCAGAGCGAUCCCACGCCGUUCGGCUUCAAAGAUGCAGGUCCUCCCCCGCUCCACCUGAGCAGGGCCAGGUGGUUCAGCACCUCUAGUCUCUUACAGACAAAGCUGAGAGGCUGGAACAAGGCCUCGCUGUCACUGGAUGCCUCGGAGGAGCAUGACGGCUACUCAAGUGCCGAGGAUCCUCUUAACUCCGACCCGGAGGAGGAGAAUGGCAAGAAACUGUGUGCCGGCAAAUACACAGUGAUGGCUGAUUAUGAGAAGGGCGGCGCUCAAGAGCUCUCAGUGAAGAGCGGAGACAUGGUGCAGCUCGUCAAGGAGGGGGAUGACGGGCAGUGGUUUGUGCGUAACCUGAGCACUUCUAAGGAGGGCUGGAUCGCAGCUGCUAAUCUCAUCACGCUCAUUGGGAAAUCCAAAUCAUGCCAGUCUCUCACCAGCUCAGAAGGCAGUGGCUCUGGAAACCUCAGCACGUCGUCCAGCUGCAGCGAGACCUACACGAGCUUCUCUGACAUCAAACCCUGAACCCCCUUCAGCACUUUGUCCAUCACCACACUGUCGUCACGAACGCUCGCACCAUGUGGCUGUCUGUGCUGUGUUGCCAACUCAUCGGACUCUUGUCGGGUUUCCUCAGAAAGCUGUGUUUUGUUUUGUUUUGUUUUUUUUUUUUCAGUUUUUAAAAAUCAUGCACACACAGCGGUCCUGAAGAUGAUGUGUCAUACAUGUGCACACGUUGUAGAUUUGAUUGUGGUGCCGUUGUACAGUGGAUUAACAAGACACGCCACAGCAGACGGUCAUCUCAAAGUGUAUAGUAAAGUGAUCCUCCCCUAGUCAUACACCCGUCUGUUUAUUUUGAGGAACAGAGGACCCCUGUGAUUAUAAUGUAAUAGAUGUAUGAAUGGGCCAGCAGGACUGAUCUCAGUUGAUGCAUCUAUUUGGUAUCACAUUAAAACAUGGAGGAAGAUCAGAGAUCACAUGUGCACGACGGUUGUCCUUGUGUUCAUCUGCACUAACUCGCCCAGGAAGUAAAUAAUUCCAUUGUUACUGUAAAUAUAAAAAGAUUGAGAGAGAUGAAUACGCACAGCUCGUUUGGCUUGAAUGAAUGUUUUCUGUCCGAUCACACCCUGAUUGCUGCUUUUUUCCCUUUACACAUGUUUAUUUAUUCAUAAGAAACAGAGAAGCUAACAUAUACUGUAUUUAGACUCUUUUUAAUUUGCUUCUCACCUCUAGUCAUCUUUUUUUACUCUCUACCUGUCCGUCACAUUUGUCUCUCCGUUGUCUGCCUGUCAUUAGAAACCUGUGUUGUCUGGACUUUUCUGUAUGAGCUCCAGCAGACUCUGUGGAUUUUCAUGUAUGCUGCAGUUUAAAUAUGUUUCUCCGUGUGAAUAAUCAGAAAUCACUGUAUAGCGCUAACUUAUUCCCCGUGGGAGGGAUCAUGUUCUGAAUGUAGAUACUGUUCAUUAAUAUCUGUCCGUCAUGAAUUAUUUGUCAUUUCAGAUGCUAUAUUGUACAUUAAGUAUGGUGAUGUCACUACUUUGUGACUUGUCUAAUUUUUUUUACAUAAACAACUUGUGAUAAUUCA